CCUCUCUGCCACAGUCAUCAUGAAGGCAGCACUGGCCCUCCUGGCUCUCUCUCUCCUUCAUGUCUGCACCUCGGUCCCUAUUAGCCGCCCCACCAACUGGCUCAGGCAAUGUCGUGCCUCCACCAACUUCUCCAUCACGGCACUGGAGGUGCUGCCGGGCGGAGGCUGGGACAACCUCCGCAACAUUGAUACUGGUCGAGUCAUGAACCUCAGCUUCUCCCAGUGCCAGACCACUGAGGACGGGCUCUACCUCAUCCCAGAUGAGGUGUUUGUCAUUCCCCAAAAGGAGACAGGUGUGGAGAUGAACUCAGAGAUAAUCAGCUCCUGGCAGGAGCAGAAAAGCUCUACAUCUUACUCCAUAAAUGCAGACAUAUCCUUCCUCUCCAUGCUGAAUGGCAGAUUUUCGACAGAGAACCAGAGGAUGAAAACCCAUCAGGUCAAAGAUUCUUCAACCACAGCCAGAGUGCAGGUUCGUAACUUCAUCUACACUGUUAAGGCUUAUCCAGACUUCACUCUGGACACACGCUUCGCUCAACAAGUCAAAGAGAUAGCCGAUGCAAUUGAAAACAACCAAACGAGGAACGUAAACUAUCUCUCAGAGAAGAUGGUGCUGGACUAUGGAACCCAUGUUAUCACUAGUGUCGACGCUGGGGCCGCUUUGGUGCAGGAAGACUACCUCCGUUCUACAUAUGUGUCGGACAGUGUGUCGGACAGUUCCUCUCUCAAAGCGCAGGCAGGCUUAAAUUUUUUCGACAAACUCAAGUUUGACAUUAGCAGUCAAAGUGGCCAACAGAGCGCAUCCCUUCAAACAUAUCAAUCCAACAUUCAGUACUCAAUCAUCAAAAGCCAUGGUGGCGGCACGCCUUUCUAUCCUGGCAUCACUCUGCAGAAGUGGCAGGAAAGUACCAGGAACAACCUGGUUGCUAUUGAUCGGUCCGGAUUUCCCCUACACUACUUUAUAAACAUCAACACCUUGCCUGAUCUGCCACAGCCUACGGUUGGCAAAGUGGCUGUUGCAGUGAGUCAGGCCGUAGAUCGAUACUACAAUGUCAACACGAGGCCCGGAUGCGUCGACGUCAGUUCCAAGAACUUUAACUUCCAAGCCAACAUCGAUGACGCAUCCUGCGAGGGCCCCGCUACAAACCUCAGCUUUGGUGGUGUGUACCAAGCGUGCAUUCAGGUCAGCUCAGAUGCAGGUCCGCUGUGUGAUGCCCUGGCCCAGAAAAACCUUGAUACAGGGGACUUCUCCUGUCGUUCACCUUACUCUGCCACUUUACUGAGAUCGGAGGUGAGACAGCAGGGUUACACCUCCUACGAUUGCCACGACCAACGCUAUCGGUGUGGGUUCUUUGGUUUGUCGCAUUGCAAUCGUAAGGUGUGUCAGGACAAUUACCACGUUCGCUCUGCUCGCAUCGACACCUACUGGUGCUCUGUAAGCGGAAAGGCUCCAGACAACUCUGGGUAUCUAUUCGGAGGCAUAUACAGCCCCUCCCUCCUUAACCCCCUCACCAAUGCAAAAAGCUGUCCCUCCAACUUCAUUCCGGUAAAGUUUCUCUCGGAUGGCCAAGUGAUCUGUGUGAGUAGAGACUAUGAAAUUGGCAGCAAAUACUCAGUGCCAUUCGGAGGCCUCUUCAGUUGUCAGUCAAACAACCCGCUGGCAGGAAAUCAACGUCGCUGCCCUCAUAAGUUCAGUCAGCACCUCGCCACAGUGAGCGACGGCUGUGAAAUCCUUUACUGUGUCCAGUCAGGAUUGUUCACCGGUGGGCAGCUGCUUCCUGUCCGUCUUCCACCUUUCACUAAGCCUCCACUUGUCAGCAUGCAUGCAACAAAUACAGUUAUGGUCAUGACUGAGGGAGAUAUGAACUGGAUCAGAGUGGGGCAGACCAAGGCGUGGAAACUGGCCAAACCAGAGGAAAUCAAGGAAAUGGUUCAGAAGCUUUACCCAGAAUUGAGUCAGAUGUCUAGUGGUGAAAAGGCAGGGGUAGCCUUUGGGGUGAUGGGUAUGAUGGCACUGGUAGUCAUAGUGGCAGUAGUCCUGGUGAAGAGAAGGAGGAGGCUGUCUAGGUUUACAACAGCUAGGGGCUAUGAAGAAAUACGUGGUGAGGUUGACAGUGAGGAAGGAGGGAGACAAGAAGAUGAAGCUUGAGAAAAGCCCCAAAUAAGACACACUUUGAGGACUGUAACCGAGCUCGAUCCUAACACGUACCAGCACUUAGGUUCAUGUUUCACAAAGAAUUAGGCGCAUGAUUAAAGGCUUUUUAGUUAUUUUCAGAGUGCCUCUGACAUUUCUUCUUUUUUGAAAAGCCACACAUAGUCUAAACUAAAGGCUAGUCUGGUGUGACAGAUUUGGAUUUUAACUUCCUUGUUUAUUCUCACCGCAGACAUCCCUAUCACGAAUCUUACAAGAGCAGAAAAUGUUGUUUAAGGGCUCCUAGUUUGAAUCAGUUGGACUUUGCAUUAAUUAACCCUAUUUUGAAACCAAUCAGUAAUUCACAUUACAACAACUGCUCUGGAUACUAAAGGUUAUUUUUUUUCCUCAGGUCGUGAUGUGUACUUCACUGUAGCUUUGUAGUUUCCGUUUUAAAAACUGUAUCAUACUAUUAGCUCUAACAAAUGUGACUCCAGAGCGAUGUGCCAUUUAAAUCAACAUAGCUGAAUGCAGAAGUGCUUUCCAAAGGUCAGUGACUCAAUACUGCCCCCAUGAGGCCAAGACGCAUAAUGUCAUGUAGUAUACAAACAUUGUAUACCCCAUUUAAAAACCUGUGUGCUUUGUUUGACUUGUAACCAAUUAUAAAACAUUUUACAACGUUUUUUAAUUGUUAUUUUUUUUUUUACAGAUAAUUGAAUAACAUUUUGUAUUUUUUGCCAAUAUAUGAAUAAUGUAUGUAAUCCAUGUUUUGUACUUCAGGCUUUGUCUCUGUAUGUAUGUCAAUUUAACUCCUCUGUACUGCACUUAACUACCAAUUAAAGUGGUGAACAAUUAA